AUGAAUAAGUACAAUUAUUCUGAUGGAUUUAGUUUAUCUGAACAAGAUGCUAAUGAAUUAGCUUCACGAUUACAAGUAGGCAAAUCAAUUAUUACUUUCAAUGCGCAACGACUUCGUAGCAUCUGUCAUACUCUUCUUGCAUUCCAUGAAUCAUUUCGACGAUAUGUUCUAUGUAAGAGUGAUGUUGCUCUAAAAGAACCAACACCUAAUUCGAAACAAAUGGCUAUGGCAUUGGAAUUCUAUUUACAAAUCGACGAUUAG